AUGGCCCCGAAAAGUGAUGAGCUGGCGGUUAUAACCAAUACACAUCGCGACUCACUGGAACGGCUUCGAGCAACCUUACAGCAAGAGGCACGGCUGACUGGCGAGACACAGCCCUGCGUCCAAUUGUUGCAACAAAUGGCCGACAACCUCCGAACAGCUGUGCAUGGACUCACCCGCACGGAAUCCACAAUUCGGGAUGCCUUUGAGGAAGAACAUGUCAGAUUGUCGAGGCGCGAGGAUGUGCUCAGACAAGCUGAUGAGAAGAUGCAGCAUCAGCAAGAAGAGUUAGAAAAAUUUAAACGUCAAGUCUGCACCACUUUGGUGAAACUCGAAGUCCAUCUGAAGGAGCAGAGUAAAUUGGCCGCUGAAGAUCGUGCCCUCGUCAAGCAGGAACAACUCCGCCUGUCUCGUGAACAGGUGACUCUGGAGGAGGAGAGACGCAGCCUAGUUGAUCAGGCCGGCAGGGAACGUGCAGAACUUCAGCAGACUGUGAUACUUUAA